AUGGCAUCACGGAAUCGUGUUUGGUUACUGCUUCAGAAGUUUGAACGCCGGGAAGCUUUAACAGGAUCUUGGUUCUUUUCAAAGCUCUUCAGCCUUGUCGCCUGCGACCUGCCAGUCAGCCCAAUUAGCCUCGACGACUUUCGCAAAUCAAACGACAGCGACGCAUCAAAUUUCUGCAGGACCGAAUACCUACAAAUUUCGCUCCCGCCGGUCGCCCACUCCAUCACCGACAUCAUGCCUAACAAAUUCUCCUUCGACGACUCAACCUUCGAUAGCUCACCGCCGUCGACGCCCGGUCAGACUCCACAGAAGAAGUCAUACUACCCCUUUGGCGAAAACCCGUCAACCACGCCAGCCGGUCCUCCACCCUCGUCCGCUGCUUCCUUCACACCCCAAGGUGCUCCCUCCGAGUCCUACCUCGGAAGCUCCUUGUUGCAAGGCGUCACUGCGCAGAAGCCCUUUGGCUUCGGCGGUGCAAGUUCAAAUGGGCCCAGCAAGAACCUCUUUGGCAGAAGCGACUCUGCUUCAGCGCAACCACUUGGCCGGUCGAUUCUGCAGAGCGCCAAACCUACGACGAGACAGCCGUCGGCACUAAGCCGGGAACUUGGCGCGGGAAAGAGCGAGGUCACCUACGAUAACCGGACUGGCAGGUAUAUGAUACCCGACAGCUCGGAGGAAGAGGAAGAAGACGAGGACGAUGAGGAGUACGACGAACGCGAUGCCGCCGACGCGGAGAUGGAGCGAUACCUCGAAGCCGAUAUUGGAGAGGAAGACGGAGACGCUGAGGCCGACGACGAAGAGGUCCAGGAUGACGACGACAUAUUUUUGAACUUGCGGCACAGCACCCGUAACGACGAUGAACUGGCCUACUCAGAUGAGGGUGAAGGCGGCAUAGGCGGCGAGGAGUCGGAUCUUUUACUGCUCAAUACGCCAGCGGCAACGGAGCGAAUGCGCAGGGAGGCCCAGGAUAUUUUCCGUGCGUCGUCCAUGCGUCGCUCGUCGGGCAACAGACGGACAGAAUUCAAGUUCUCCGCAAUCGCAAAGGAUCUAUACAAGGAACUGGGCAUGGCUCAGAUCAACGAGUCGUCAGGCGUUGUCUUGAAGACGGAAGACUUGAUCAACCAGCUUUACAACGAAGGAAUUGGUGCGCAGGAGGACCCCGAUCAGCUAGACGUCUCGCUCGCCAAUAUUGUUUACCCUCUGGUGGACCUCUGGAAUGACUUUGCCGACAGUUUACCUAUGCCAGAGGGAGAGCACAUUGCCGAGAUUGGUCCCGGUCCCGAAAGUGAGCCGUUCACGAAGGCUGCCUACGUUGCCCAGUUGGUGCUUCAGAUGCACCACACUCGUUUCGCUAACCAAGGCACUGUCGAUACCGAAGCGCCGCCACUGCCUUACGUUCUGUUCCGAUGGAUCGAGGAAAACCACAACAUCUACCCCGAGCAGUUCGAGAUCGUCAUGAAUCACAGGCCGAGUCCAGCUUGCCAUAGUCUCUUCUGGCCGACACUUCGCAGCGCUCUCAUCCGUGGCAAUGUCGAUCUUGCAUCAAAGCUAUUGAGGAAUGCUGGGUGGGAGUCCGUCAAGAAGGGACCCAGGGCCGAUUUCGCUUACUCCGGCAAAGCUCUCGAUAACCUACAACGUGCUGUCGGCAUUGCGUGCGAGGCACUCGACAUGUGCCCAAUCACCAAGGGCAACUGGGAUAUCUUCAGCAGCGAUUGGACGCUGUACCGCAUCCAGACGAAGGGCUCCUUGGACAAGCUUCAGCGAUUUGCGGAGGGCAAGGACAAGAACCUCUUCGCUGGCGAUAGUGACGACAGCUCGUACGGAAGAGGCUCCUUGGCCGGUCUUGUGCGGAAAGCGGAAGGCCAGGUUCCAUGGGACAUCUACGAACAUCUCCAGACCAUUUACCAGAUUAUCAUGGGAACACCAGAGGCUAUCCUGGAUACAGCGCAGGACUGGUGUGAAGCCACGAUUGGUCUCUUUGGAUGGUGGGAGGAAGGCAGAGGACAGCAGAAGAGCCUGCGCAUGUCUCGCUCUCACGGCCUCCGCAUGACAGCUACGCCUUCUACCCCGGAGACCUAUUUUGAACGCCUGUCGCUGGCUUUCCACACGGCGGUUGAGUCGGACUUCCACUUCAACUCUAUGAACCCUGUGGAAGUUGCCAUUGCUUCGGCUUUCGAGUCAAACUUCGCGGCUGUCAUCGGAAUCCUUCGAGCAUGGUCGCUUCCCAUUGCUUCUUCAGUGGCAGAACUUGCCUCGCUUGGUCAGUGGCUACCUAAGCCCGAGCAGCCUAACUUGAUCACGAUGGAGAGUCUGGACAUGGAGGAUCUAGAGAUGUUGGGAGUGGCUCCUCAGACCGCCGAUGAUGUGGAGGGCAUCAAAGACACUACGCUUACACAUUACGCGCGCGAACUCGCCGGAAUCGAGAGUCUUUCGGAAGAUCGCAGCGGUUGGGAGAUGGCGAUACAGGUCCUUGGUCGCAUGGAUUCGGCUGCGAAGUCAGAGGAUAUGGUGGGAGAAUUGCUUCGGGAUAUCCUAGACCAGCUUGAUUCUGAACAAGGAGCCACUGUGGAUAAGGUCUGGAGAAUUCUGAACGAUCUCGGCAUGAUUUCCUAUGCCGAAGAGACCGCAGAGACCUACGCAGAUAUUCUCGGCAAAGACUCCCACAGAUACGGAGAGGCUCUUUGGUACUACGCUCUGGCUCAUAGACCCGGAAAGGUCCGUGAGGUGCUCAACCUCCUUAUGUCGUACUCUUUGCUCCACUCCACGGUCUACCCCCCAGCCAACGAUCUGGACGACCACCUCUACCGACUUCUGAACGAGCGCAGUCAAACGCUCGAAAAGUAUGCCAAACAAGAUCUCGAGGCAGCGAAUCUCCUCGGGCGGAUGCUGAGUGGUUACGCCACGCUCCGGAAAUUCUACGAGCUUCGUGACACUGAUGGGCUUGCUGAUAUGUCACCUUACAAGUCUGCCACUCUCCGGAAGCAAGCCGCCUCUGCCCUUGUUGCAGUCAUCGCUAGCUCUGAUGACAACAUUCGGGGAGGCCUUUACGACGAAACCCGCGACGCAGUUGUCAGUGAGGACUUCAUUCUCGCUCUGUUGGGCGAGGCUUUGCCCUUUGUCAACCAAAACCCUUCGGUCAUCACGCUCGACCAGAUGGACACGCUCCUCAAGGCCGUUGAGGAUAUCCAGACAGUCAACUCCACUAUCUUCAAUGCAGCAGACGAGUUCUUCAAGCUUGUUCUGUCCUCGACGCCGGGCAUGAAAGGCUCAACGCCUGCAGACUUGAUGCGCAAGAGCACCAGCUCGCUUAGCGGAAGCUACAUGCUCAGCGGAAGCUCCAUGUUAGCCAGCCAGCUUCACCGGUCCAUCAGCGGUGGCAGCGGCAGUGGUUCUUCUCUCGCCAAAACGAAGCGCGGCUGGGAUUGGAGAUCGGGACUCACGGCUGGUGCGUCGGCCGACGACGAUCGCAUUGGACGUGUCGCGGGUGUCAAGCGCAAGCGCGAGAUGGAGUUUGAUGAUGACGUUGUAAAUGGAAAGGCAACCAAGAAAGAUGAGACUUGUCGGAAUGACUUGAGCCAAAUCGUAGUCCAUGAUCUUGCCAACUUCAUAGAGGCCAUACAGUCAUUCGAAGUUGUCGAGGCUAGGAGCAAAACUUCAUGCCUGAGGGCAAACACACGAUUUACCGACGACAUGCGAAUAAGGAAAUACCAAUUGAACACUGUUCAGCAAGCCAAAUCCUUCCGGCCAUUUUCCAUUGUGAAACGCUGCCAGUCCGGUAAAGAUGCACAUCUUGUCAACGGUGGCCCGAUCCAUCACGUCACGAAGCCUAGCACGCGUCGAACAGGUAUGCUGAUUCAAUCAAAUCAUGGCACGUAUGCCCGGUUCUUCACGUGCUCCUGCUCCCUGUGUGGUGCAGAGGCGCCUCGUCCAUCAGAAGACGGCAUGCACCACUCCCGCUUGACGCUGCCUGGCAGUGGCCCCGUCAUUGUCGAGCACAGCAAGGGAGGAGUCAACCAAGCUGGAGCUUCUGAGUCUCAAGCGGUAUCUCUUGAACCACCGGAGAGGCCAAAGGCUCCGUCAACCUGGGGCUCCUUUGGUAGCAAGAUCGCCAAAGCCCGGCCAAUCCCAAAGGUCGUCAAGAAGGGCCCCGCGCCAACAGGAGUGAAAGGGCACGCUUCUGGCUCGACAUCAUCAUCAUCAAAAGCGACAACAGCGCCAUCGUCAACGGGAAAAGCCAAGAGCGCGAAACGGAACCCCUCACCACCGGCGUCGGCGCAAUGGGGCGCCUUUCACGCGCUACAGGUCCAAGGCCCCGCACCGAACCCGAACCCGCCACCCAAGCCGAAGUUGCUGUCGAGACCGAGGGCUGGCGCACCGGCGCCGCGGUGGAAGCGCAACUCGCUUACUGCGCAGGCGAGGGCUGGGAAAUGGGGCGGGUUUCAUCAGGAGCAGGGUGCGCCAGCUUCUGGGCACGUCGUCGACGGGGGGCUGGUCGCGCACGAUGGACAUCGGUCGAGCGUCGAUCCUGUCGUUGAGGGAAACCUGGAGCUGGGUCUGGAGACUUCUCUGUCAAAGGAUGUUGGCGACAAUUCAGAAGAGAACGCGGCCUCUGCAUCAACCAGCAAACGGGGGAAAGAAAGGACCAGAGCGGUUCCUAGAACCAGAUCUCGGAGAAGCGGGCCCAGGAGCGCUGCAAGAUCGGGAACUGGGAGCUGGGGAAACUUUUUCGAAGAUAUCGAGAGGAGCGAUCCUGAGAUCACCAGGAUGACAGGCAGCGAAGAGGAAGCAGAUGCUCCGGCGCCAUCCCGUAGCACCGCUGACGAUACCACUUCAUCAUCCGCUUACGUUUCUUCUGAGUGGGACACUACAUACGGUACUAAUGUAUACCCCAAACCAACACCAGACUUUUAUGAGGAUAUUCUACCUCUACCUUCGAGGCCCCACGAACCCAAUGCCUCAAAAGCCGAAGAUAUCCCAGCUCUCUCCCCCCGCGCAGGACCCGGAUUUAUCACCCAGGCAGAGGCCGCCGCCCUCAUCGAAAGACUCUCGCACCAGAGGCGUAAGAGGAGGGUCCCGACUAGGAAUACACCCGGGCUCAGCCCCGGGGAAGCAGAGUCCAGAGACUCAUCAACGCAACGACAUCCAGACCAACACCAGCCAGCAGUUCAAGAGGAUAUGACGAUAAUGUCCAGACAGCAAGCGCUAUACGUCCUGCUCCAGGAGCCUGUGGAACCGGUGCCUCGGGACAUCAAUGAGCAAGAGCAUGCUACCAUCAAGGAAGGGCGAAGAUGUCAUUCAGACAUCGUUUCCGCAGACCAACGUCUCACAGAACAACAUCACAUAAAAGAGUAUAUGAGAGAGCGUAGCGCAAUAGACCGGUAUUCAGAAGAACGCCGCGGAAGAGAACGUCACGCAGAGGAACGCCGCAUAAAAGAGCAAGAAUUACGCACAGAGGAGCGUCGCAUCAAAAAACUUCGCAGUGCAGAAAGGCGUGUGGAAGUACUCCGCGAAGAAGAACGUCGCGCUCACAAAAAAGCACGUCGGGCAGAUGAACGUCGCGCUGCAGAGUUUCGCACGCUAGAACGCCGUAUAAAAGAACUAAUUCGCGAAGGAGGACCUGGCCCCGAAGAACGUCUCAGGGAAAAAUAUGCUAAUUUCCAGGCAAUGAAACAAAGUCGCCCUACUAAUCUAGCCAAGGAAGCCUUGCGGGAUUUUGAUGAUAUCCUGAAAGAACUGUCUACGGAGACAGUUGAACACCAUCAUGAAGUGAACUAUAUCCGGGAUUGGCUCUACUGGCUGAGAGGACUUGUUUCACAUCUGGAUGAAGGCCAUAAUGUACAAGGGUUUUGUGACCUCUGUGAGCGGGAGUCUCAUAAAGUCCAAAGACACCAUGUCAUUCCGAGAAGUCAACGUGAUCGCGACCGAUUCACUAUUAAAGAGAUGAACGAGUUGCUGGAACUUUGCCUUCCCUGCCACAUAAAUUUACACAGAGCCAUUCCAAACGAAGAACUUGCUGGCGAGUUCAACUCUGUGGCGCGGAUUUUGACACAUCCUCGAAUUCAAUCCUGGUUGGUGUUUGCGAAAGCGCAUUCUAUCCGGGACCUCCACGGUCUAAUGAGACUACCAGAUGCAGAUGGCACACUUGAGCUGGAAGAGGAUGAGCGCCGACUCCAUUUGCUUCUUCUUGAGAAACACCUGGCCAAGUUCGCAAGCCGGAGGCGCCAGGACUAUCUUGCUCUGCGCGACUUCCUGAAGACUCGUAUUCCCUUGCCCGUUAGACAAAGCGAACUCAGACAUGUGCUCAUGGAUCAAAAAGAGGGGCAAAGCUGGAAAGCUCUAUUCAAUCUCGCUGGCAUUCUCCUGGCUGAGCUUAGGUACACGAUCCCUGGACUCCUACUUACUUGCUCACACACUCCCGUUGCCCAUCUGGAGCUUCACAUUGCUUUUGGUGCCGGUAGUUCUUCUGAGACUUGGAAUCCGGAUCUGGAAGAGCAAAAAGCGGUGUCCCACCAGACUAUUGACACCGACCUGCUUCAGCAAAAGAAGCAAAAGGAAAGACGAUAUACAACACCAGGUAUUCGCUGGUCGUCACCGACCCAACUACUAAUCCGGCCCUCAUUAGCUUGUCUAUGGGAGAGCGGACGGGAUCCCGAAUUUUCCAACGGGUAUGGUCCUGACUGUUUGCUUCACUUCAAGAACGAGAUUCUUUCACAGGCACCAAGUCCUACUGAAAAAAAUGGAGCCUUUAGAAGACGACUGGAGUAUUCUGUGAUCCUGGUGUCUAUAGCUCUAUCAAAACCCCCUGAACCACAACCUUGCCAUCCGCCACUGCCCACCGCUAUCGAAAAGCAAUCAUACUAA